UUAACUGAUCAGAUGAAUCGAAGCUCGCGAGUAGAACGCACGUGUCGAUUGUAUUAAUCGGCAUUAUACCAUUAAUUGGAUAUUAAUAAUUUUUAAGUGGGUUACGUUUUUUUGGCCACCACUAAUUUAAGCUUUGUUUACUCAUGGCCGACUGUUCAAACGUUGUGUGAAUUUCAGUGGUUCCAAAGAUGAUCUAAGCGUUUGAUGUGAAAUCUUGGUAAUUAAUGUUAAAGUGGAAAUCUUAAAUAAAAAAAUCUUGGGAUCUAUGAUUUGUUGAUAAGUGCGUGAUAGUGUGUGAUAAUGGGUGCGGUGAAGAGCAAGCUGGCGUUUUGGUGCCCGCCUCGGUGUGGAUGCUGCGGACAUCGGAGAACUGAUUCUUAUGACCUAAAAGAUCUUCCACGGCCUCCACAGUUGGAUGCAUCUGUCAAUGUCAUCGAUGGAACGAGACAAGGCGUCCUCGCAGUGCAAGGUAUCGACUUCUGCGUCGAAGCUAAUGGGGAAAAUCAUCAUACGAAUAAAUUUAAUCUCAUGACAAGAGAUGUUGACAAGUGUCUGGUUGUGAGACGAGGUCAGGCCUUCAAAUUGGAUAUUCUGUUAAACCGGCCGUACGAUGCCAACCGAGAUGCUAUUUCCUUCAUCUUCUAUGUGUCAGAUGUGGAGAGACGUGGGCCAUCCGACGAUACGUCGGCGGCUGUACCUAUGUUGGAGAAAGGCUCGGAAACCUUGGGUGCAUGGAAUGCUGUGUACGAAGGUCAAAUGGAUUCGCAUCUCAUGGUGGCGGUGACCCCCGCUGCAGACUGUAUUGUGGCUGCUUGGCGUAUCGACGUUGAUACUAAAUUGAACGCGGGUGGAUCGCUCAGUUACACACACCCACUGCCAAUUUACGUGCUCUUCAAUCCUUGGUGUUUGAAUGAUAGCGUUUACAUGCCAGGUCACAGUCAUCGCGAGGAGUACGUGCAAGAUGACGGUGGACUCAUGUUCCGAGGAGUGUACAAUAGAAUCAAACCCACGCCAUGGAAUUAUGCGCAGUACGAGAAGGAUAUAUUGGAAUGCGCGCUAUAUCUAGUCAGAGAGGUCGGAAAGGUUAAAGGCCGAGCGAGAGGAGAUCCUAUCAGAACAGUGCGAGCAUUGUCUGCCGCAGUCAAUGUUCAAGACGACAAUGGUAUUUUGUUCGGAAACUGGGCCACGGAGCUGAGCGACUACAGUGGAGGCACGCAUCCUCUCAAAUGGGUCGGCUCGCUGGCCAUCCUGCAGAAAUACUAUGAAAAGAAGAAACCGGUGAAGUACGCGCAAUGUUGGGUGUAUGCGGGUGUUUUGACGACAAUCUGCCGAGUGUUAGGUAUUCCAUGUAGACCAGUCACAGGUUACGACGCGGCACACGACAGCCAGGGUAGUCUGACCAUUGACAUCAUCAAGGACGAGGAAGGCAACACCCUGGAAGAGUUUACCAGGGACUCUGUAUGGAACUACCACGUUUGGAAUGAGGUGUGGAUGGAUCGUCCCGACCUAGGCGCCGACUAUAGCGGUUGGCAAGCAAUAGACUCCACGCCCCAAGAAACCUCAGAGGACGUGUAUCGCUGUGGACCAGCCUCCUUACGAGCAGUGCGUGAUGGUGAUCUCCAAAAGCCAUACGAUGCUUCCUAUAUCUUCGCGCAAGUGAAUGCUGACAAAGUCCUGUGGAAAUAUUCCGGUGAAAUCCAACCGUUAAAACUUUUAGCACGCGAUACAGUAUCAAUUGGACAAAAUAUUUCUACAAAAGCAAUUGGCCGUAUGGAACGAGAGGAUAUCACGAGUCUUUAUAAGUACCCCGAACGGACGCGAGAAGAGCGCGAUACUAUGGAAAAAGCACUCCGCAAAUCUGAAAGUAUCUUCGCAAGAUACUACCUCAAUGAUGCCUUCAAUGAAGUCACUUUCGAUUUUGAACUUAGAGACGAUAUUAAAAUUGGCCAAGACUUCAAUGUGGUUCUGCACAUCAGAAAUCGUUCCUCUAUAAAUGAGCAUCACGUAAAGGGAGUGCUGCGGGUGGACACGGUGACGUAUACGGGAGUGACGGGCGAUGGAGUUAAGAGGACCGAGUUUGACAAGGUGUUGGCACCAGAGGCGAAGGAAAAUAUCACAGUCAACGUCACAUUCGAUGAUUACUACAAGAAACUGGUUGAUCAGGCAUCCUUCAACAUAGCGUGUUUGGCCACGAUCGUAGAGAAGAACUUCGAUUAUUUCGCACAAGACGACUUCAGAGUUCGGAACCCUGACAUCAAGAUUUCUAUAGACGGCAAACCAGCCACACGACAAGAGUGCACGGUUAUUGUGAAGGUGGAGAAUCCUUUGCCGAUACCUUUGAAGAAUGGCAAGUUCUACAUCCAAGGAACGGGGCUUGAGAAACAGAUGAAGAUUGAGCUUGAUGAGAAUGUGGCUCCAGGUGCUAUUGCAGAAGCGCAGUUCAAGCUCACCCCACCAUGGGCCGGUCGAUUUCAGAUAUCAGCCAAAUUUACUUCCAAGGAAAUGCGUGAUGUGGAUGGCUUCCAUACGUUUAUGGUCAAAGCUCUUGAAACCAACGGUAUUCCAUUAAUAGACGCUAAUGAAACAAGGCAGAUUUAAAAAGUCAACGAACUAAACAGCCACAAUAAUGUACUAUAGAGGAAUUAAGUUAUGUAUUUGCAAAAAUUUAAGUAUCUACCUUUUAAGUUUUUUAGUGUAGGUUUGUUAAAAAUAUAA